AUGCACAGCAUACGUUUAUCGCAUUGCAUAUACAGAGGCUCGCUUUUCUUCCUUAUCCUGCUCACAGCAGCAGCAGUCGCCUUAUCAGCAGCAGACGUGAUUAUUCAAGCUUUGGCUGAUCAAACUGAAUCCGGUGCUCAUGACUAUCGUAAUCUCAUUGUCGUCGUCGUUAGCUACGUCGUGCUGGCUAUGUUUGCAUUGUCUUUUUCAUGCAGCCGCGUAUUGACAGUACGAGCAGCAUUGCAAGAUAUACCGAAAUCAUAUAUACCCAUCACCAAAGAAGAUUUGCCCAAGAAAGUAUACGAUUGCAUACAGCGAGACUUCGAUCGAGUGAGAGACGUUCGAGAGCAUAUCGCACCACGGCAGGAAGAUUUUAACCACGUAGGUUGGGGUCAACCAGGUGUAUCCAAUCUUGAAGGCGUCAAUUUCAAGAGCGCCAUUGUUCGAACACCAUUGAUCAUUGAACAAGUAGUGGCCAAUGUCCAUGGAAGCACCGUAUAUGCAAGAUUCAAGAAAUAUAGCUUACGUCAGUAUAUCGAAGGCCUGAUCCAUCUUGGACUCAUUGAUGAACAACUCGGCCGUGGAUAUAUAGCAGGUUAUGAGCAAGCACGAUUUUCUCGGGCCCCUAUCAGUGAAGAGCGUUAUUUUGACAUUAUGAAGCAUUUGGCAGCGAUAUUGAGGCAUAUGGGAUAUCGAUUACAAGGCUCAGAAAGCGAAAGACCAUCAUCCAGAGGAGUUGGAGGAGGAGAUCAAGGUUACCCACGUGAUGAUGAUGUGGCUUCUCUUGCUCAGUCGGUUGGUACGCUGGCGUCUAGAUCUACAUCAAUAUCCCAUCGUUUACGAUCAACAGCAAGGAUUGAUGAAGCGGAAGAAGAGAAUCACUUGCAGCAAUUUGUGAUGGGAAAGCUGAUGAUGGAUGGUGUCAGACCUCCUUUUUAG